CCGUCGCAAGAUGGCGGCGGCCAUGCGAGGGCCCGGGCUUGUGUGUGCGCAGCGCGCAGCGGUGCGGCCCGGAGGGCAGGAGCGGCCACAGCGCUAGACCGGUUCCCAGCCCCUCUUCUCUCCUGCCAUUGCCACCACCACUCGCUUCGCUCGAGAUGGAUCUUCCCGUGGGCUCCGGCGCGGCGGGACCCAGCAACGUCCCGGCCUUCCUGACCAAGCUGUGGACCCUCGUGAGCGACCCGGACACGGACGCGCUCAUCUGCUGGAGCCCGAGUGGGAACAGCUUCCAUGUGUUUGACCAGGGCCAAUUUGCCAAGGAGGUGCUGCCCAAGUACUUCAAGCACAACAAUAUGGCCAGCUUCGUGCGGCAGCUCAACAUGUAUGGCUUCCGGAAAGUAGUCCACAUUGAGCAAGGUGGCCUGGUCAAGCCUGAGAGGGAUGACACCGAGUUCCAGCAUCCAUGCUUCCUGCGAGGCCAAGAGCAGCUCCUUGAGAACAUCAAGAGGAAAGUGACCAGUGUGUCCACCCUGAAGAGCGAGGACAUAAAGAUCCGUCAGGACAGUGUCACCAAGCUGUUGACAGAUGUGCAACUGAUGAAGGGGAAGCAGGAGUGUAUGGACUCCAAGCUCCUAGCCAUGAAGCAUGAGAACGAGGCUCUGUGGCGGGAGGUGGCCAGCCUUCGGCAGAAGCAUGCCCAGCAGCAAAAAGUUGUCAACAAGCUCAUUCAGUUCCUGAUCUCACUGGUGCAAUCGAACCGGAUCCUGGGGGUGAAGAGAAAGAUCCCCCUGAUGCUAAGUGACAGCAGCUCACCACACUCUGUGCCCAAGUACGGCCGACAGUACUCCCUGGAGCAUGUUCAUGGCCCCAGCCCAUACUCAGCUCCAUCUCCAGCCUACAGCAGCUCCAGCCUCUACACCCCAGAUGCUGUCAACAGCUCUGGACCCAUAAUCUCUGACAUCACGGAGUUGGCUCCCACCAGUCCCUUGGCCUCAUCAGGCAGGAGCAUAGAUGAGAGCAGUCCCCUGGUGCGUGUCAAGGAGGAGCCUCCCAGCCCACCUCGGAGCCCCCGGGUGGAGGAGGCGAGUCCUGGGUGCCCAUCCUCUGUGGAUACCCCCUUGUCCCCAACUGCCUUCAUCGACUCCAUCCUACGGGAGAGUGAACCUACCCCCGCCGCCUCAACCACAGCCCCAACAGACACCACUGGAGCUCGUACCUCAGCACCCCCGCCCCCCUCCACCCCUGAAAAGUGCCUCAGCGUAGCCUGCCUGGACAAUUUGGCUCGCGCUCCACAGAUGUCUGGGGUUGCCCGCCUCUUCCCCUGCCCCUCCUCUUCUUUUCUGCAUGGCCGAGUCCAGCCAGGGAACGAGCUCAGUGAUCAUUUGGACGCCAUGGACUCCAACCUGGACAACCUUCAGACCAUGCUGACCAGCCAUGGCUUCAGCGUGGACACCAGUGCCCUGCUGGACCUGUUCAGCCCCUCGGUGACCAUGCCCGACAUGAGCCUGCCUGACCUGGACAGCAGCCUGGCCAGCAUCCAGGAGCUCCUGUCACCCCAGGAGCCUCCCAGACCUGUCGAGGCAGAGAAUAGCAGCCCUGACUCAGGGAAACAGCUGGUGCACUACACAGCUCAGCCCUUGUUCCUGCUGGACCCUGACGCGGUGGACACAGGGAGCAGCGAGCUGCCCGUGCUCUUUGAGCUGGGGGAGGGUUCUUACUUCUCUGAGGGGGACGACUACACGGAUGACCCCACCAUCUCCCUGCUGGCAGGCUCUGAGCCCCCCAAAGCCAAGGACCCCACUGUUUCAUAGAGGAUCCAGGAAGAGCUUCUGGCUUGUGGCAAGCCCCCUAUCCAUAGGGCAGGACUAGUUCUGGGGACACAGAACAGACAUGCUGUCCUAGGGAGUCCUGGAUCAGCCUCCACAGUCCCAGUGAGGCACAAAUGGGGCUCUGGACUGGGCAAUGCCUCAGGUCAAAGGAGGAUCCUAAGGGCCUGUGCACCCGUUGCCUUUGCCCUUGCCCCACAUCCCCUGGUAAGGAUGGGGCUUUGCAGCCACACUUGAACUGACCCUUCAGUUUGUUUAUAGAGUUGUAUUUUGGAUUUUUACAUGAGAGACCCCUUCACAGAGAAAUAAAUAUAUACACACAGGACAGACAACAAGGAAAGAUAACUAUAAAGACAGGCUCUACUGUG